AUGAGAGCACAAAGUGAUCCAUGGUUUUCAGAUUUUCUAUUACGAGUAGGUGAUGGAGAUGAAGAAACGAUGGAAGAAAGCUUUAUACUCAUUCCUGAUGACAUGACCAUUGCCUAUACUGAUAAAAAUAAAUCAAAACAUGAUUUGAUUGACGCAAUAUUUCCAUCUCUACAAAUUAAUGGAGCAGAUUCAAACUAUAUCAUUUCGAGGACGAUAUUAUCAACAAAAAAUGAGAAUGUCGAUGAGAUUAAUGAUCAAUUGAUUGAUAGAUACUGCGGCGAUAAAAAAGUUUACUACGGUUUUGAUGAAGCAGAAGAUGAUAGAAAUAACUUCUAUCCAAUGGAGUUCUUAAAUUCGCUGACUGUCAAUGGUUUGCCCUCGCAUUACCUCCGCCUCAAAAUUGGAUUCCCAAUAAUACUAUUGCGGAAUAUCGAUCACUCUAACGGCUUAUGUAAUGGCACCAAAUUGAUAUGUAGARGUUUUCAACAAAACAUAUUCGAUGCAGAAAUAACUGUUGGUCAGCAUGCUGGAAAGAGAGAUCCUGGAGCUGCUUGGCUUGCUACAGAAGAUUAG